AUGUCCGCCGACGGCAGAACUGUGAACGAUGUGAUAAGCUUCCUUAAGACCUGCCAAGGAGCCGAAUCACAGCAAUGGAUGAAGUUCUACGACGGCUGGGCAGAGACCUACGAACAAGACAUCAGCAUCCUGAACUACAGGGCACCAAACCAGGCAGUAGACUUCCUGAUGGAGAACUUCUCUGGGCGUCCUGAGGAAGUCCAGGUUCUUGACGUGGCCUGUGGAUCUGGAUUGGUCGCUAAGCUGAUGAUUGAACUGGGCUUCAAGCACUUUGUGGGCGUGGACGGCAGUCAAGGCAUGCUGGACCAGGCCGCUAAGACCGGCUUCUAUAAGGAGCUCAGACUGGCCUUACUGGGAACGGACCCGCUUCCUGCACAGACUGGUGUGUUCGACUUGGUGAUGAUCGUCGGCGCUUUACGACAGGGUUUCGUGCCGGUCUCUGUCAUCAGGGAGCUGUGCCUCGCCGCCAAGCCAGGCGGAUACAUUUGCAUGUCGAGAAUCUGCCUGGAGUCGGAGGCUGCAAACGAGUACAAGGUUUCUCUGGAGGCGGAGCUGCAGCUGAUGGAGGAGGAGGGACUCUGGAGUCACGUGAAUACCAAAGUGACGGAGAAAUACAUGAUCGACGUGUACAAUAACUGUGACGAUGUGCAGAAUGACAAGUACACUAAUGGGGCCAAGUACCUCUACAGGAAGUCCCUUCAGUAGUCCUUCUGGGCCCGGUCCUGGGCCUUGAGCUCAGUGGUUUCCUUCAAUAAAUGAUGAAUGGAUGGUAGUUAUGCCAAUAAAAUGACGCAAUACAAUAAAUUAAUUAACUUAAUAAACAGUGUGUUUAUAUUGUUA